AUGGGUGUCCCUGCAUUAUUCAGAUGGCUCACUAGGAAAUAUCCUAAAAUCACCACUCCUGCCGUAGAAGAACAAUGUCUCGAAGUGAAUGGCCUCAAUCUGCCCAUCGACAUGAACAAACCAAACCCAAAUAGCUUCGAAACCGACAAUCUAUAUCUAGACAUGAAUGGUAUCAUUCAUCCCUGCUGUCAUCCUGAAGGAAGACCUGCUCCAUCAAGUGAAGAUGCUAUGAUGGCUGAAAUAUUCAAGUAUAUUGAUCGGAUCAUGCUGAUGGUCAGACCAAGAAAGGUCUUGUACAUGGCGAUUGAUGGUGUUGCUCCUCGAGCAAAGAUGAAUCAACAGCGUUCUCGUCGUUUUCGAGCUGCGGCUGAAGCGGAUGCCAAGGAAGCUUCUGAAGCGGAUGUGAGAAGAAAAUAUGAAGAGGAGCAUGGACUCACUCUGCCACCUCAGCUCGAGUCUUUUGAUUCGAAUUGUAUUACUCCUGGAACUCCAUUCAUGACUCGAUUAGCAGAAUGCUUGAGAUAUUAUGUAGCUCGAAAGUUCACUGAAGAUGCUGGUUGGGCAAAGAUCAAAGUCAUCAUCUCAGACGCCAGUGUACCUGGUGAAGGAGAGCACAAGAUCAUGGAUUACAUUCGUCGACAACGUGCAUUGCGUGACUUUGAUCCAAACACUAGUCAUGUCUUGCACGGAUUGGAUGCUGACUUGAUCAUGUUGGCAUUGGCUACGCAUGAACCGCAUUUCAAGAUUCUGAGAGAAGAUGUCUUUUUCAAGGAAGGUGCUAGGGCUGCUUGUUUUACUUGUGGUCAAACUGGGCAUAAUGCUUCAGAGUGUAGAGGUCAGCCAAAGGAGAAAACUGGACAGUUUGGUGAACAGGAUCCUGGAAUUCUGGACAAGCCUCAUCUCUUCUUACAUUUGAAUGUAUUACGAGAAUACUUGGAAGCCGAAUUGCAAAUAUUUGAUCUUGGCUUCCCCUGGAGUCUCGAAAGAGCCAUUGACGAUUGGAUUUUUUUAAUCUUUUUCGUUGGAAAUGACUUUUUGCCACACUUGCCUUCUCUAGACAUCAAAGAAGAUGCUAUUGAUCGGUUGGUGGACUUAUGGAAGAAGGAACUGCCCACUCUAGGGGAUUGGUUGACGGAUAGUGGAUCGAUUGACUUGCGACGUUGUGAAGUAAUCAUGAGAGGUCUUGCCGAAGUCGAAGACGAUAUAUUCCGCAAUCGUCGACAAAAGGAAGAAAAGAGAAUGGAGAAUAAUAGGAGACGCAAAGAACAACAACAAAAUAGGGGUAAUUACGGCACCCAUUCGCAACAGCAGCGUCAGUAUAAUGAAGUACCUGAAAUUGUAACUGCUACAGCUGGUAAAGAAGUAUAUGCCUAUCCGAAUCGACCUAACGACGCCAAUUAUAUAAGAGACCGUCUCAAAGCAAUAGAAGCUGAAAAAACUCUCUCUGAAAAGGCUCAAACCGAAGCACAAGAUGCCAAGAGACGUAUUGCCAAUAAAGCUGCUGCAGAUGCUUUGAAGGCUUCACUCAAAGCAGCACCUGCAUUCGUUCCUCAUGAUGUCAAGCCAAACGUGGCUGAUAUUAAUGUUUUUGAUGUCAAACCUGAUGUGAAUGGCAUAAAUUUGAGUCUGAAUAAUGGUGCAACGAAUACUGAUGUCAAGCCGAAUAUUCAAGAUGUUCCUUUGGAUGGUGUAGUGCAGAUUGGUGUAAAACGCAAAGCUGAUCAACUUGAAGAAGAAGAAUUAGAAAGUGGAUUUGUUGGGCAAGGGCAAGCUUUUGCACCAGCAGCAGCAACAGCACCAGAUGUUGAAGAAGAGGACGACGCAAAUGUUGUAGAUACAAAUGUAGUUACCGAUAUUCCGCCAAAACUAUUGCAAAAGGUCGUAGAUGAUGAUGAAGAGCCGCCAGAUAUUGUGAGGUUGUGGGAGCCAGGAUGGAAGCAACGAUAUUAUCGUAGCAAGUUUGGAGUUGAGCCUGAUGAUGAGGAGUUUAGACGCAACAUUGCAACAAAGUAUGUAGAAGGACUCUGUUGGGUUCUGAAAUAUUACUAUCAAGGUGUCCAAUCAUGGAAGUGGUUUUACCCUUUCUACUAUUCACCAUUCGCUUCCGAUUUUGUUGGGAUAUCCGCUCUCAACAUUACCUUUGAACUCGGCGUACCAUUCCGUCCAUUCGAGCAACUCAUGGCCGUCUUCCCAGCCCGCUCACGUAAACACAUUCCGGAAGUCUUCCACCCUUUAAUGCUGAGUCAAGAUAGUCCUAUUUAUGAUUUCUAUCCCGAGAAAUUCGAGAUUGAUUUGGAUGGUAAAAAGUAUGCUUGGCAAGGAGUAGCCAAGCUAACGUGGGUGGAUGAAGCACGAUUAUUGGAGGCUAUGAUGCCGUUAUACCAUAAUUUGACUGCUGAAGAGACUAUACGUAAUUCUAUUGGGUAUGAGUUAUUGUGUAUUGGAGCAUUCAAUGAUUUAUUUGAACCAUUGUGUAAAUUGUAUGGCAAGACAAGGAGUCCGGAGCCUCUUGUAAUUGAUCCUAGGAUGUCUGAAAAGAUGCAAGGGUCAGUUCUUGCAGAUCCAGACGUGAUUCCUCCAGGAGGUACUUACCCUUCACCAUUGACGAGUCAAGGUCUCGAGGAUGUUCAGGAUCUUCGCGCUCUAAGUGCCUUGUACUUUAUGCCGAAAUUCCCAGAGGGCUAUAUGUUCAAGUCAGAACUCAAAAUGAAUGUACAAUUCCCACCAAAAGUCUUGUCUCUCGAAGACAUGCAAUGGAUUGCAAAUAAAUCUAGCGGUGGUGGUCGCAACAACAGACGAGGUCCAUAUAUUCAAAGAGAUGUUGCUAAUCGAUUUGUAGCAGCUAAUACUCCAGCAUCUCCGUAUGGAUCUCCAUAUGGUAGUCAACCUUCACAAUACCGAGGAGGAGCAGGAACUCCAACUCCACAACCCACAUUUAAUCAGUCAUACGAUAGGAGAACAGAUAGUGGAUAUGAUUCUCGUCGUGAUGAGCGACGAGAGGUUGGUGGUGCAUCGAAUUAUAAUGGUGGUGGUGGUCGAUCAUCAGGAUAUGAUGGUAGGAAUGGAUAUGAUCAACGAGGACAACAACAGCAGCAACAAGGGCAAUAUGGAGAUCAGAGACGGUAUGAUGAUCGUCGUGGGAGAUAUGAUGAUCGACGAAGUGAUUACAGGUCUGACAAUAGAUCUGACAAUAGACAGGGUGGUUACGAUUCUUCAAGACAGUCGUAUCCUCCUCAACAACCUGUGAAUGCUUACGGAGCUCGUCCACCAAGUCAGUAUGGAUCUGGGUAUACCCCAUUCAAUCCAACUCCCAUGACAUACCAACCACAGCCACACGGUGCAGCACCAUCACCAUACAGUGGAACACCUCAAGUCCAAGUCUCUUCGUAUACAGGCCUGCCUGUAGUGCAAGCGGCACCACUUCCUUAUAAUGUCGCACCACAACAAUACAAUAAUGGAUACCCAACACCACCAAAUCCCAACAUGUAUACUGGUUACCCACAACAAAAUCAACAGCAACCUCUUGCACCUGGUGCAGGUUACAUCCCGAGUGUUGGUCGUGGAGCACCACCACCUCCAAACGUUGCAUGGAAUCGGAAUGUGCAGAAUGGACAGAAUAGCUAUGGUGGUCAACGCUAG